AUGCCUGGCCAGCUAAUCGCUCAGCCAAACCCUCCCCCAGACCCCUCUGAUCUCCCCGACUCGGUUCACGAGUAUGCCGUUCAACUCGACACGAGAAAUGUCCUUACGAAGUCUGAACUCGGUGCGAUUCAGAAGUUCAGACGAGCAGCCAACUACAUUGCUGCUGCGAUGAUUUUCUUGAAGGAUAAUGUCCUGCUUGAGCGCGGGUUAACUUUUGAUGACAUCAAGCCGAGACUUCUUGGCCAUUGGGGUACUUGCCCCGGCCUAGUUUUGGUAUACGCGCACCUCAACAGGAUCAUUAAAAAGACCGAUCUCGACUCUUUGCUGGUGGUCGGCCCAGGUCAUGGAGCACCUGCCAUCUUGGCGUCCUUAUGGCUUGAAGACUCGUUGUCUCCCUUCUGGGAGCCUUACACGCGUGAUCUUGCUGGCUUGACAAGGCUCAUCACAAAAUUUAGUGCGCCCGGAGGUUUCCCAAGCCAUAUCAAUGCCGAAACCCCUGGGUCCAUUCACGAAGGUGGUGAACUCGGUUAUGCUCUCAGCGUUGCUUUCGGUGCUAUCAUGGAUAAUCCUCAUCUUGUCGUUACUUGCAUUGUCGGUGAUGGCGAGGCCGAGACCGGUCCGACCGCUACUGCCUGGCAUGGGUACAAAUACAUCGACCCCGCUGAAUCUGGCGCAGUUCUUCCUAUCGUGCAUGUGAAUGGGUUUAAGAUCUCUGAACGUACUAUUUACGGAUGUAUGGACGACAAAGAGCUUAUAGCCCUGUUCAGCGGUUACGGUUAUCAGGUCCGCAUUGUCAGUGCCUUGGAAACUAUUGAUCAAGAUCUGGCUGCGUCUAUGGAGUGGGCCUUGGCUGAGAUUUCCCAUAUUCAACAAGCGGCUCGCAAAGGGAACCCCAUUGUAAAGCCACGCUGGCCUGUUUUGAUCCUGCGCACUCCCAAGGGCUGGACCUGUCCCAGGACAAUGCAUGGAGAGUUUAUCGAGGGGUCAUUCCACUCACAUCAAGUGCCGCUGCCGCUGGCCAAGACGUCACAGGAGGAGCUGCAAGCCCUUCAGGGUUGGCUUCUCAGCUAUGGUCCUCAUGAGCUUUUUGUCACCAAGGGCGAUGAAGGGGCGGUGGAGGGUGCACCUAGUGACGAGUUGCUAAGCAUCGUCCCUGACAAGAAGGAUAAAAAGCUUGGUUGCAGGAAGGAAGCAUAUGCCGCCUUCCAGCCUAUUCGAGUUCCAGAAUGGAUUCAUCUUGGGGUUAAAAAGGGAUCGCAGGCAAGUUGCAUGAAGGUAGUCGGAACGCUGUUGAGGGAUACGAUCAAGGCGAAUCCGACCACCUUCCGAAUUUUCUCUCCCGACGAACUCGUGUCUAACAAGCUAGACGCUGUGUUCGAUGUCACCGGACGCAAUCUCCAGUGGGACGUUGCUUCCCGCGCUGAGGGCGGGCGUGUCAUUGAAAUCUUGUCUGAGCAUACCUGCCAAGGCAUGUUGCAAGGGUACACACUUACUGGCAGAACCGCGCUCUUCCCGAGCUAUGAGGCUUUCCUUGGCAUCGUACACACCAUGAUGGUGCAGUAUAGCAAGUUCACAAAGAUGGCACACGAGACUGGUUGGAGGCACAAUGUUGGUUCCGUGAAUUAUCUGGAGACAUCUACUUGGGCACGUCAGGAGCACAAUGGCUUCUCUCAUCAGAACCCGUCUUUCAUUGGUGCUGUACUCAAUUUGAAGCCGGCGCUGGCACGCGUGUACUUGCCGCCUGACGCAAAUUGUUUCUUGUCCACUGUGGCCCAUUGCUUGAGGGCGAAGAACUAUGUGAACUUGAUGGUUGGUAGCAAGCAGCCCACGCCCGUUUGGCUGAGUCCUGAUGAGGCGAACAUGCACUGCGUUGCGGGCGCAUCUAUAUGGAAGUUUGCAAGCGUCGACGAUGGCGUGGACCCGGAUGUCGUCCUUGUUGGCAUCGGCGUCGAAGUGACAUUCGAAGUUAUAGCGGCUGCUGCACUCCUUCGCAAGAUGGCUCCCGCCCUGCGAGUGCGCGUCAUCAAUGUCACCGAUCUCAUGAUUCUCGGACCUCAUGGCAGCCACCCGCAUGCCUUGAGUGAUGAUGAUUUUGACACGCUUUUCACCAAGGACAAGAAUAUCAUCAUUAACUACCACGGCUACCCUAUCGAAGUGAAAGGUUUGAUCUUUGGUAGGCCUGGAGUGGACAGGAUCACCAUUGAGGGGUAUCGUGAGGAGGGAACGACAACAUCUCCAUUUGAUAUGAUGCUUUGCAAUCACACGUCUAGGUAUCACGUUGCCGCAGCCGCCAUUCGCGCUGGUGCACUUUUCAGUACGAAGGUUUCAACGGAGGCUCACGCGGAGGCAGCCUACAUCAUGCACAUGGCCGCGAAAGACAAAGAGUAUAUAUUUGCUCACGGAACGGAUCCUGAUGGCACAUUUGACACUCCCAAAUUCAACUAAGGACAACAUUUGAGAUCAUCGACUGUGUAUCAUAGCUAUGAGUUUGAUGUGUAUUACUACUUGUAUUUAUAUUCGAAUAUGUAUGCGACGGACAGUCGCC